CUUUUCUCACUUCAAACCUCCCAAUUGCCUCAUUUUCAGAGCUCGUAAAUACAAUAAUGCCCAAAGCUAUCAAACGGUCCAAAAAGUCGCUGUUGGAGCAGAUCGCAGAUAUCUCGGAUCCUAAGCCCAAGGACUUUGAUAUCGAGAACGCGGACCUGAACGAUGCUGCGAACGACCGGGGAUCAGACUCCGAGUCAGAGUCGGAAGAUGAGGAGCUGCGUCGCGAGCACUACAUAGAGAUGGGGAAGAGUUCUCUUCGGCAGCAGCAGGGGAUUGGAAACCUUGGCCCCAAGUACACUGGGUCCAGGACCAGCCGCAAGGCACUAUACGGCAGCGACGAAGAUGCGAGCGAGGAGGAAGCUGAGUCUGAUGAGGGUAGCGAGAGUAUCAGUGAAGACUCCGAAGAAGAUAUCGCCUCGAGGGUCUCGCAAACCAGGGAGGAGGACAGUGAAGUGGGUAGUGAUGAGAGCGAUGCAGACGAGAGUGACGACGGCAUGGGGUUCAAUGAUGAUGCUGGUGCUGAGGCCGCGCAGGAGCAGGAUCGUGUCAGGGAAGACAUUCGCAAGCUGGAGGAGGGUGAGAGGGCGCUGCUGCAGUCGAUCACGCAAACAGCCAAGAGCGACGUCGAGAAGGGCCAUCAUGUUCUGAACCAAACCCGUCUGUGGGAAGGCGCCCUUGAUGCCCGUAUCCGCUUGCAGAAGAUUGUGACUGCGGCUGAUGAGCUUCCCUCCUUUGACCAGUUCGAGCCCCUUGUUGAGUCCCGGUUCAGUAACGACGAUGGUGAGGAUGAAAUGAAUGAGCUGGAAAAGGCACGCCAGUCAAUGCUACUACUGAUCAGCUCACUGGUCGAACUGCGUCGGGCCCUUGCCGAGCAACACCCUGCAGCCAAGAAGACGAUGGCUGGCCAGAAACGCAAGUCCGAAGAUGAUGACGAGGGCGAGGACGGUGACGUCGAGGCGAUGUGGAAGGAGCUGGAGGAGGUGCGCUCGGGGUUCCAACCGUUCCGGGACGAGUCGCUGGAAAAGUGGGGCAACAAGGUGCAGGUCUCGGCAGGCGUUACCAGCAGCAAAAAGUUCAAGGCGGUCAACCAGGGCAUCAUGCACCAGAUCAGCCAAGCACUGGCCUCCGAGGAGCGGCUAGUUGAGCGUACGCAGCUCAAGCGUACAGAGUACAAGAUCAUUGGCCAGUCAGACACCUCUGAAAAGCCUGCUGCUGUUGCCGAUGCGCAUCUGAAGGACCGCAACCCGGAGAUCUUUGAUGACACGGACUUUUACCAGCAGUUGCUCCGGGAGCUGAUUGAGAGCCGCAUGGUUGAUAGCAAUGAUCCAACAGCGUCGUUGGGCGUGCAGUGGGCGGCAGUCAAACAGCAGUCGAAGAGCAAGAAGCGCAAUGUCGACACAAAGGCAUCCAAGGGCCGCAAGGUGCGGUACCACGUCAUUGAGAAACUGCAGAACUUUAUGCCUCCGAUCCCCAUCGGAUCGUGGCAUGAAGACAUGGUCAAUGAGCUGUUCUCGUCGCUGCUCGGUCAGCGGGUGCCCAAGAACAUGCUGGAGGAGGACAGCGACAGCGAGGGGCACAGGCCAGGACGGUCAGUUACCGAGACGAUGGUCAAUUCGGGAGAGAUCAGCGUAGGCGGCGACGGCAUGCGGCUGUUUGGCUAGUGUUUUGGUAGCGUAUCACUAAUGCUAGCAAUAGAUGACCUAUAUAUUCA